GUCGAGCACAAUAUCCCGGACACAGCUCCAGAUAUUAGCGGCUGGUCCCGGCGGAACCCGUUUCCAUUACCGGGACUGGUUCUGGUUCCGAAUGACCCAGUCGGCUGGUUCGGGCUGAGCGGUUCCGGCGGUUCUGAUGGAGCCGCAGCACAGAGCGCUGCUCCGGAAGUUCCGGGUGCAGCUGUCCGACCAGCUGCUGGUCAGCGACACCAUCGUUCCGCUUCUGUUCCAGGAGGGCGUUCUGACGGAAGCCCAGGUGGAACAGGUGGAGGGUCAGCUGACCAACAAGCAGAAGAACCUGAAGCUGCUGGACAUCCUGCCGAACCGCGGGCCCAGAGCCUUCGGCGCCUUCCUGGAGGCCCUGCGGGACUUCGGCUGGAUCCGAGAGCAGCUGCUGCUGGAGCUGCAGCGCUCAGCCGGGGGGCACACACCUGGCCCUGGGUCCACAGACGUUCCCGCCGCUCCGCCCCGGCUCCGCCUCCCGGACUCGGUUCUGCAGAAGGUUCCUUCGGAUCGGGAGCUGUCCCGGCUGGCCUCCAGACUCGGCGCCGAGUGGGAGGUGGUUCUGUUGGACCUGGGCGUGUCGUCUGAGGCUCUGUACCGUUGCCGCGCCGACCACAGUCUGAACACCCAGGCGGCGGCGCUGGCCGGCCUGGUUCUGUGGAGGCGGUCCGAAGGCCGGAACGCCACGCUGGGCCGGCUGCUCCGGAGCCUGGAGGCCGCCGACCUCCAUCCGUCUGUCCUGGAGGACGUCGUCAUGGGCUGAGACGGAACCGCCGGGUCCAGUCUGGCUUUAUGAAGAGCAGAACUUUGGUCCAAAGUCAGAGACUGAUGAGCUUUAUGUCCAUAAAUGUGCUGAAUAAUAAAGAUAAAGUCAGAACUUAAUAAAAAAUCUAUUUUUUUCUUCAG